AUAUUUAACUGGAACGCGAAAUGUUAUUUUGAAAGUGCAGACCGGAAGUUCUAUUUUACCUCCAGUGGUCAGCUCGACCACGAAAGCCAAACCGUGUUUUCACCCCCAAACUGUUUGUGCUUCAGUGGACGGUAAAAGUGACGGAGACAGUUAGUUUGACAGCCUCCAAAGAGACAAUAAACAUAACUGAGAAAAGCCAUGGCACUCACCGACGCUGACGUACAGAAACAGAUUAAGCACAUGAUGGCCUUCAUUGAGCAAGAGGCCAAUGAGAAAGUUGAGGAAAUUGAUGCAAAGGCGGAGGAAGAGUUCAACAUUGAGAAAGGUCGUCUGGUGCAGACUCAGCGGCUGAAAAUCAUGGAGUACUAUGAGAAGAAGGAAAAGCAAAUUGAGCAGCAUAAGAAGAUCUCCGCUGUCCCAUUGGCUGCAGUCAAUAAGAACAUCCCGAUCUACAAAGAGGCGGUGAAGAGUAAUAUAACAGUCAAAAUCGACAAGGAACGUUUUCUUCCAGCUCAGAUCUGUGGAGGAAUCGAGAUGUAUAAUGAGAAUGGGAAGAUCAAGGUUUCCAACACUUUGGAGAGCAGGCUAGAACUCAUUGCACAACAGAUGAUGCCUGAAGUCAGAAUGAAUCUGUUUGGUGCCAACCCCAAUCGCAAGUUCUUGGAUUAACUGUGGACAUGAAGAGGGCACAGGUGGAACGUUUGUGGUGAUGACAGAGCAUCACCAUAAAACCCAAGAGUCUCCAACCAUCUGCCGUUACUGAGAUCCAAAGGGAGUGUUUAUAUAGUUCUAAAUACUAAUGGACUAAAUAACAAUUCAGCAAGUGCUCUUACUUUGAAAUGUCCUCUAUUCAUCUUCUCUUAAAAGGACUCAAUGUUCUAAUGACAUUACAGAUGUUUGUCUUCAGUCGUUUCAGUUUGAGUAAACUGAGCAAGCUGCAUAUUUAAACCAAAGAUACAGGCACGCGCGUGUGCGUAUGUAUGUGUGCGUGUGUGCGUACACAGAGUUGCUUAGCAUUGUUCUCAAGGUAAUAAUAUACCAAGGUAUCAAUUAAAGUGACAUGAGAAAUGAA